UAUUACCUGUUAAUUAUUUACUUAUGUUAUUUCAGUGGCGGGGCGUGUGUUCCCAUGAUUCCACUGGGCCUGAAAGAGACGACAGAAUGUGACCUGACCGUCCCUCUUAAGGACUUUAUCAUGGAACAUUAUAGUGAAGACUCUGAAAACUACACAACUGAGAUUCAGGAACUCCUUGAUCUAAGACAGGCUAUAAGGACACCACAGCGUAAUGAAGAUGGCGUUAACCUUCUAACAGAGUACUUUAAUCAGCUGUAUUAUGUGGAGAGACGAUUCUUCCCACCAGACAGAGUUCUGGGCUGUCAUUUCCACUGGUAUGACUCGCUGACUGGUGUCCCUAACACCCAGAAGACCAUGGGCUUUGAGAAAGGCAGCGUUUUAUUCAACAUUGCAGCGUUACAUACUCAGAUUGGCUGUAGGGAGGACCGCACCAACCCCACUGGCCUGCAGUAUGCUAUUAACAGUUUCCAGAAGGCCGCUGGCACGUUCCGAUACCUACACAAUCACUUCUCCAAUGCCCCUAGUAUGGAUAUGCAGCCCCAGACACUAACGAUGAUGGUUCAGCUCAUGAUGAGUCAGGCCCAGGAGUGUGUAUUUGAGAGCAAGGUUUUUGGUGGCGUUGAAGGAAUUCUAGCUCAUGUAAAAGCGGCCCAGGAAGCCAUAGUGGUGUCACAGAUGUACGAUGAUACCCAGGUUCUGAUGGCUUCCGAGCCAAUGAAGGAUUACAUCCCAUACUCGUGGUUGUCCAUGACUCAGGUGAAAUCUCAGUACUACAUGGCAAUCGCCCACGAACACAUGGCCAGUGCAAUAUUGAAUCAUAAAGGUAUGAGGGAAAAAUCUACUGAUGAUGAUAAAUCCUUGACUAAAGGAAGAUGUAAAUAUCUAGAUAAACAGAAUCUAUUGUCCAUAUGUGUUUAAGAUAGAUGUUUAUCAGUCCAGGGUGACAUUAUGUAGUCU